AAAAUCAAAUCUUUCAUUGAAGAAGUGGCCAGACCAGCUGGUCAGGUACAAGGGGGCGGAGACAGUCAAGCAUCACUAUGGGUUGAGCCUCACCUGUGUGAAAAAGCAGUAUCCUUGGCAGAGAGAGAGCAGAGCAGAGGCCAACCAUGCUUGGACCAGGAAGAGAGGUGGAUGGAUAUGUGGACAGUGCAGUGAGAAGGAAGGAGACAUAGGGAAGGACUCUGAGACUGAUCUGAGCUCCUAAGUCCUGAUAGCACUCGCCUGAGAGGCUGUGAAGUAGUUUACCCCAACAAUGGCAGCUGUGUGGCGAUUUGCACUUGUCCUGUGUGUGUUGCUGAUGGUCUCCAGCAGGACGACCCUUGGCGGUGAAGCCAGGAGUGAGGACGACCACAGCACUGAGACCAGCACCGGCAGUGAGCACGGGACAAGCACCAGCGCCGACUCUGGUGCUGAUCACGGGACAAACUCGAGCUCAGGCCACGGGACGGGCACCGGGGCCGGCAGUGGCACGGACUCCCACGGGGACUCCCACGGGGACUCCCACGGAGAGCAUGGACACGGGGAGCCCAUCACCACCCUGCCCAUAGUCAGCUGGAAGUGGCACCACGUCACCACACCUUACCUGGUGGCCCUGUGGGUGCUGGUCUCCUGGCUCUGCAAACUCAUCAUCGAGGCCAACCACCAUGUGACCAGCGUGAUCCCAGAGAGCGCCCUGCUGAUCUGCUUCGGAUUCAUCCUGGGUGGGAUCAUCUGGGGGGCGGACAAGGUGCAGACCUUCACUCUGACUCCGACCGUCUUCUUCUUCUACCUGCUGCCCCAGAUCAUCCUGGACGCGGGCUACUUUAUGCCAAACAAGCUCUUCUUCAGCAACAUGGGCGCCAUCCUGACCUACGCCGUCAUCGGGACGUGCUGGAACGCCGCCACUGUGGGGCUCUCGCUGUGGGGCUGUCACAUGGGAGGGGCCAUGGGUGACCUGGACAUCGGCCUGCUGCAGUACCUGCUCUUCGGCAGUCUGAUUGCUGCCGUGGAUCCUGUGGCUGUGAUCGCCGUGUUUGAGGAGGUGCAUGUCAACGAGGUCCUCUUCAUCAUGGUGUUCGGAGAGUCGCUGCUCAACGACGGCGUAACAGUGGUCCUGUUCAACGUGUUUGAUGCAUUCGUGUCCCUGGGAGGAGCUCAAAUCGAUGCGGUGGAGAUCAUCAAAGGAAUAAUUUCCUUCUUCGUGGUUGCGUUCGGCGGCUCCCUCGUGGGCUUUGUGUUCGGCCUGCUGAUCUCUCUGCUGACCAGAUGCACCAAGAACAUCCAGAUCAUCGAGCCGGGCUUCAUCUUCGUCUUGGGAUACCUCUCCUACCUGACAGCCGAGAUGCUCUCCCUGUCUGCCAUCCUUUCGAUUGUCUUCUGCGGCAUGUGCUGCCAGAAGUACAUCAAUGCGAACAUGGACGAGAAGUCUGUCACCACCGUCAGAUACGCCAUGAAGGUUUUUGCUAAUGGCUCAGAAACCAUCAUCUUUGUCUUCCUCGGCAUCUCGGCCAUUGAUAAGGCAUUAUGGGUGUGGAACACAGGCUUCAUCCUCCUCACCCUCCUCUUCAUCUUCGUGUACAGAUUCAUAGGUGUGUUUUUCCUGACCUGGAUCCUGAACAAAUUCAGGCUGGUCCCCUUGGAGAUCAUCGAUCAGGUGAUUAUGAGCUACGGUGGCCUGCGAGGGGCUGUUGCGUACGGCCUGGCAAUGAUGCUUGAUGAGAGCAAGAUAAAGGAGAAGAAUUUGAUGGUCUGCACGACGCUUAUCGUGGUGUACUUCACUGUCAUCAUUCAGGGAAUAACGAUGAAACCUCUGGUAACCUGGCUGAAAGUGAAGAGAGCUGGAAUAUCCGAGCUCACACUGAUAGAAAAAGUACAGAAUAAGGUCUUUGACCACAUGCUCGUUGCCAUAGAAGACAUAUCUGGACAAAUAGGACACAACUACAUGAGGGACAAGUGGAAGAACUUUGAGGAGAAGUGGAUGUCCGGGCUUUUGAUGAAACCAUCAGCGAGGAAGAAUCGUGACUACCUCUUCAAUGUCUUCCACCAGCUCAAUCUCAAAGAUGCUGUGAGCUACGUGACUGAGGGUGAACGCAGAGGCUCCCUGGAAUUCAUCCGCAAUGAAACAGCAUUCGUCGACUUCAAGAAGAAGUUUGGUGACGACUUCUCAGAGGUCAUGCCUGACGUCACGGCCGACACAUCCGGCGAUCACGUGCCAGUCUCCUCCAUCCUAAGAGACAAUGUACCAUCAGUGAGCUUGGAAAUGCACGAGCUAGACAUGAAGGGUAUGAGGGAAACAGAGGACGUCAACUCUCACCACCUGCUGCAGCAGCACCUCUACAAGGGCAGGAAACAGCACAGGCACAGGUACAGCAGAAGCCACUUUGAAGUCAACAAAGACGAAAAUGAGGUGCAGGAGAUCUUCCAGAGGACCAUGAGGAACCGUUUGGAGUCCUUCAAGUCUGCAAAGAUGGGUAUUGCACCGCCAAAGACGAUAAGCAAACACCAAAAGAAGGACCAGCAACAAAAGAUGCCAAAUGGAAAAUCGAUGGACAAAAGUAAAAGCCACCCGUUUGGUGAUGAAGAUUUUGAGUUCUCAGAGGGAGACAGCGCCUCUGGUGGCGAGGCGUCCGGUGGGUCAUACCCCAUGAGGGUCACCUACAGAGCAGGAGCUGGCAUCGAGAACCCAGCCUUCAUGCCAGAUUUGGACCCCAUGGCGCCCAUGCAGAUCCCACCCUGGCUGGCCGAGGCGGCGGUGGACAGCGACACGGUGGCCCCGUCCCAGAGGGCCCAGCUCAGUCUGCCCUGGACGCCCAGCAACCUGCGCCGCCUGGCUCCUCUUCGCAUCAGCACCCACUCCACAGACUCCUUCGUGAUGGCCGACUCCCCCGCCAUACAGGAGGGAAGUGACAGACGGCCUCCGCCACCGCCUCCGCCUCAGGGAGGAGGCUCCCACAUGUAGCACCCACCCACCCUGCCCUCCAAAACACCCACGGACCAAACACACCCACCGCCUUCGACUCCUCACCCGGCUGCCAAAGACGCAGGACUCGAGCUCAGACUUUGAACCGCCUCAGAAUAUUUACCAGGCGCUGUUUUCUUUUCCAUUCCAUAGUUUAAUCAUAGUCCUGCAUUUCGUCACAAAACAUUCACAAACCCCAUGACCUUUGCACUCCGGUAGCUGUGGCGUCACCCUCGGGUGAGCACAAGGACGAGA